UACUCGAGCGAGAGUGCAGCCGACAGAUUGAGUUACUCUGAAGAGACACUCUGCACACAUACUGGAUUAAACAGAUCCUUACUUCCCAUCCAACUGAUAUAAAGCUAUAAGAAAUAAGGUUGGCAUGAUGGAGCUGGAGGAACAGACAGAGAAGAAGAAUGGAGAAAAGGGAGAGGAGAGAGAGGACGCAACGGAGGAGAGUUUCCUCAAAGACCUUUACUUCUUCAUGAAGCAGAGAGACACUCCGAUAGAGAGAAUCCCUCACCUGGGCUUCAAACAGAUUGAUCUGUUUUUGAUGUUUAAGACGGUGAAGGACUUGGGAGGAUAUCACCAGGUGACCACUCAGCAGCUGUGGAAGAAAGUGUAUAACAUUCUGGGAGGAAACCCACGAAGCACCAGCGCAGCCACAUGCACCCGCAGACACUACGAAAAGCUGCUGUUGCCGUAUGAAUAUCACCUGGCUGGGUAUGGGGAUGAUAUCCCUAUCACUCCUCCUCGAAAACACAAGCUUCCACUCAGCUUGGAUGACCAGUACCUGCUGAAUCCCAAACGUGCACUCAUCAGACAUGCAGUCUCAUUUAACCAGCCUACUCCACAUGAUUUUAUGACCAAUGGACGUGUACGGAUCAUUUCAAUGUCUGAUGGUGUUCCACACCCUUCCUACAUCCAUCCUGGACCCACAUCUCUACCCAGCCUCUUCUCUGUGCCACAGCCUAUGGCCCCCAUUCCUAACAUCAGGACACCAUUCAACACACGAAAUCCAGUAUCCAACCUUCCUCCAUCGUCCUUUGAGACUGAAAGCUUGAAACAACCUCUGAAAUUUCUGCGUCACCUGGCCAUGGAGUAUAAAUCAUCAUCUGGCUGGGUAGAGCCUCUAAAUCUCAGCAAAAAGACAGGCAAGAUGGAGAUGUCAAGCAACACCCCAUCGUCUUUUUCUCCACCAGCCCCUAAAAAACUGCCAAAGUUCCUAAACGAGGCUUUGCCAUUGUAUCUAAACAGAGGUGAUCAACCAGGAAUAGCUGCUGGAUCAUCAAAGGUUGAUGGCCCUGCCCAAGCGGUUGGGAACCCAAUGAGCAUGGAUGAGUCACAUGCCAUCAAUCUCACCUCCUCUUCCAGAAGCAGUCCAACUACAAAAAAGACUCCAAGUCCUACUCCACUCCUUGUCCACAGUUACCCCAGCACAUUCACUGUCAAGCAACCAGAGAAAAGCCUCCAUGUUCCCUCUGCCAAAGCAGGGCCUUCUGACAUGCACCGUUCUAGCCCCAGCCAAGCCCCCAGCCAAGCCCCUAGCCAUGCAUCCUUAGACCCAUACGGCGGAAUGGAGAUCCAGAUACCUCUGUCUUUGCUGCAAAACUGGAUCAAGGAAGGUCUGAUUUCUACUCGCCAAAAUCCUUCAGGUCCUUCUCAGGAGCCCAAGAAAACUUCCUCACCUGAGUCUCUCGGCCAGGGAAGAACAAGCCCAGAAGCUUCAGUUGGACUUGUUUCCCAAGAUCCCAACAAAACUCCAUCAUCACUUGCUUCUCUAAGCUGGAGAAGAACAAGCUCUGAGUCUUCAGAUGGUCCCUCAAGUGAUCUCCCAGCAGACCUGAGCCUGAGGAGCCAUGCAAGAGACCCAGCUAAUCCUGACAAGCCUGACAGUAGGUCCAUUGCUAUGACUGCAAUGACUGGUAACAAAAGCCAGCUACCCACCAUCAACCAGUAUGUAAAGCCCUUCAUCAUGCCACCAUUUCCAAAGAUACCAUUCAGCAGAGACCCCUACCAUUGUGUUUCCCACAUCAAAACUACUCAAGAGCAGGCAAAACUGCUCAAACAGGCUAACUCUACCAACACAAGAAUCAACAACAGUACAGGACCCAAACCUCCAGGCUAUGAUGCAGACUUUGGCCACAGCUUAGUUGCAAGGCUUGGGAAGACAGCGGAGAAGGCUCCUACAUUUAAGCUGAGCUCUGCCUCCUCGCCCCUCAUCCACAUCACUCCAGAGCACCUAAAACUUCUCCUUGCAAGUUCACCUUUUAGACAGGAGAGGGAAAAGGAGAGGGUCUCCACACAAAGGGGAUCAACUACUGGGUGCAGCUAAACCCAUCAAAAGUUUGGGGACAACAACCCCCUUUCUUUUGCAAUUUAGUGAGAAAUAUUUGUCACUGUUAUGUUUCAGUUACCUGAAAAUGUUUCAUUAGCAUAAAGCAGCUCUGUGCUAAUCCUUUGGGUAAUUUAACUUCAACAUUAAGCUUCACGUCCAUCAAGUUUUUGCCAAAAUGAUUAUAGUAAUUUAUUAUAACACUUUUCCAACUGUAAAAAAAGCAUAUAUUGAAACUCUUUUGGCCCAAAUGUGGUUAAAACAGAUGAAAGUUUGAAUGAUGAUAAAGGCAUCACAAUAAUGAGCCUUAUUCCCACAGUAGGGCUUUUCUCAAUAGAUUUUCAGUUUUAUGCAAAAAGACAAGUAACAAGAUCUAAGCUGUUUUCUAUUCAGUUAGAUAAGUUCUAUUUAAUUAAUGAAGUUAUUGAAAACUGACUAAACAAAGUAAAGCAACAAGUCCCCAAACAUUUGAUGGACAGUGUAUGUUUUUUUCAGAUCUAAUACCUUUUUUUGAAGAAUUAUGAAAAUCUGCAAUAAGUUGGAAUAAGCUGUAAUAACACCUUACUAAUUAAUACCACAUUACUAAUCAUUAAUAGUCAGUUACAGUUUGUAAGACAAACUCUAAACUCAGGCACUGUGGAUGUACACUGAUAAAAGAUGUCUGUGAAUGGAUAUAUGAAAGCAAAUAAUGUUAUUUGUUGUAUAAUAUUUUUUUGUAGUGUAUUUUUUUAAUAUCUCAGGAUUUGACACAAAGUCUCAGCUACACAGUCUUAUAAACUCUUUUUUAUAAUUUUUUAUAUUUUUUAUCUAUUAACACAAAUACAUGAAGUUUAUUCACUAUUCUAAGUCUGACAAGUUCUAAUCUUAAAGACUUGAGAAACAUACAAAUACCAGAUCACGUUUUGUGCCUUUGCAUUAUUGUUUUUAUUUUUCAAGAUUUGGUAAUUUUUUUAGAUAUACCUGUAGCAAGCCUUCAAUGCAAUGCCUGCAUAUUUGCUUCAAAAUUGUUUUGUACUGUCAUGUUAUGUUUCUGUAGCAUAUAAUAUUAUUGAAUAAUUUACAGUGCAGUAGUACAGGGCCUUUUGUAAAUACUUUUUUCACACUUAAAUAAAAGAAAAUUCUUUUAAGA